AUGGAGUUACUUUACCUGAAUACGGUUCAAAGCCUUUCACUAUUUGAUGGAAAUCGUUUGGGUCAAACAGUUCAAGAAUUAAAUAAUAUUUACCAAACGGAACUUAACGUGUUCUUAGAGUUUGGCAAUGGAGCAGAUAUUUUGGAAUCAGCCAAAGGAACUUUUGUGCCAACUCUUUGGAUUAAAAAUCCGCAAAAUCAAAAGGUUCUGAAAGGAAACUUCAGUAGCUGCAGCCUUACCACUUUGUAUCUGGAAGAUGAACAUCUGGAUCGUGGACUUCACUACCUUGCAAAUUGGUUGUGGGAAUAUCAUCACCUCCAAGUGCUUAUAUUCUUUAACGGAGGAUCUUAUGACAAACUAAUACAAAUAUUCAGUCGAUGUUUUAAUGAAGGUUUUGUGAAUAUACUUGUAAUGCUACCGGACUCCGAUGAAUUGUACACCUUUAUGCCAUAUCAAGAUUUGAAAAUUUUGAACUUAAAGAGUAUCAAGGAGUUCUAUAAUCUAUCCAGUAACAAAAUGGAUUUCAAUGGAUAUAAUAUCACCAGCGGACUUGUAACAGCAGGAGCUCCUCGUUGGUUCUCUUUUAGAGAUCGUCAAAAUCGAUUAAUUCUAUCUGGAUACAUGUUUCGGAUGAUUGUGGACUUUACAAACCAUUUCAAUGGAUCCGUUCGGUUAAUGGAUGUGCUAACUGUAAACGAUGGUCUUGAACUUUUAGCAAAUCGUACAAUAGACUUUUUCCCAUUCCUAAUCAGACCGCUGGAGAGGUUUUCAAUGACCAAUAUACUUUAUCUGGAAAAUUGUGGUCUUAUAGUGCCCACAUCAAGGCCCUUACCCAACUGGGUUUACUUAAUAAGGCCGUAUGCAUUUAACACUUGGAUAGCCUGGCUAAUAAUGCUAACUUACUGCUCCUUGGCUUUAAGGAUUUUUUCAAGAGGACAAAUAAGCCUAAGUGCUGCAUUUUUAAAAGUUCUUCGAUUGGUUAUGUAUCUGUCGGGUAGCAGAGAUAUGGGAACUCGACCAACAACUCGUCGCCUCUUUCUCUUUGUCAUAUUAACAACUUCAGGAUUUAUAUUAACUAAUCUGUAUGUGGCCCAGUUAUCGAGUAAUUCGACCGCAGGAAUGUAUGAAAAACAAUUAAAUACUUGGGAGGAUUUGGAUAAAACCGAUAGCAUUUGGCCCUUAAUAGAUGUUGAUAUUAAAACUAUGGAAAAACUUAUCCCUGAUCGAAAGAAAUUACUAAAAAGAAUUGUCCCUACUUCAGAGGCAGACGUAGAUAUUUAUCGAAGAAACCUAAACACAAGUUGUAUUCAUUCAGGAUUCUUUGAUCGCAUUGAUUUUGCUCUUUAUCAGCAGAAAUUCCUACGGUUUCCCAUUUUUCGGAAAUUUCUACAUAUACUCUACCAGCAACCUCUUCAAAUAUCCGCUGCAUUUGGACGUCCCUACUUGCAGUUGUUUAAUUGGUUUGUGAGGAAAAUAUUUGAAAGUGGAAUUUAUCUGAAAAUGAAGGACGAUGCCUAUCACCAUGGAAUUCAAAGUGGUUUGCUUAAUUUGGCAUUUCGUGAUCGGCAUUUGGAAGUGAAAUCAAAUGAUGUGGAAUAUUAUUACCUGAUUGCGGGAUUGUGGUUUGGUGGUUUGACUUUGGCUACAGUUUGUUUCCUUGUUGAAUUGCUUAUUGGAUAUGCUAGGAUUAAAGUAACUAUAUCUUAUAAAAUAAAUAUAAUGUAA